AUGAGCAGCAUGUCCCAUCGCACAGCCGAUGAACGAGUUGCAAAGCCGUUUUCCAGACAAGGACUCGUCUCCUGGCUUCGCCGUUGGACCAGGCAAACUUCUACAACUACGAAGCCAGUGCAGGGGAACGAUACCGGUUCAUCCGGACUCGUUUCCCGGAUGCGCCAUUGGGCCAAGCAAGCUCCUACCAAGUCAGGGACGGGCAGCAACAGUGGAUUGUGGCGGAAGCAAGCCAAGCCUGCUCAGGACAAGAGUGGGCGACGCAAGCCACGAAUUGCCGAUUAUUUCCAGUCCAUCGACAUUCAGAGCGAGGCUUCUUCCACCGCGAGCUUGCCCAGCACUGCGUGCAGCUCGACUAUGACCCGAUCCGUGAGUGAAGAUGAGACGUACGAGCUCUCUCCCGUGGCGAAGGCACCUGUUUUGACCAGACUGGGCCAAUCUGGACCGCCCUUGAAUCGUAAGUGCACAAUGCCAUCCCAGUUCAUAAAUUGGAAUUUAACCGAGUUCUUGCCGCCGGUGUUCCAAGAGAGGGCACUGGCAGCUGCAUGGUUUAUCUUGGAUCUGGCAGAAGGCUGCCGAAAACGCGUGACCAUACCAGGCCACUCGGGUGUUGCGGCAGCGACAGAGAAGCCCACCGGCACCGGCUCCGAGCUCGUAGAUGCAGAGCUCUUCGUUGGAUUCUUCGAGGGAGAGGAGGGUGCAGUUGGAAUUUCCGUGAAGCCGAUGCCUGAGACGGCCUUGUGUUUCUGCGUGCUCGUUGUCUUGCCGGACUUGCCCCUGCCGGUACAGAGUCUGCCGGCCAAAGUUCGAGACGUGACGGAAGCGAGGGUCAGAAGCCAGACAGUGAACCCUCACUGGGGUGAGAUUUUAGAGUUUGAGAUUCCGGUCUUCGUCGGGGAUCGCCACGUCUCGCACAGCCCCGACUACCGCCUUCACUUUCAGCUUUUCGGCAAGGAGCGGAUGCUGCUCGGCUUCACCGCACUAACAGCGAAUUCCGACAAACUCCUGGCAGAGCUGUUUAUACCGCUAGCAGAUGCUAUUCGUGCGGACGGCCAGAAGGCAGCGCCAACCUUUGUUUUCAAGGGGGCACAGUCCUUCGAACUGAAGCCGACAGAGCAGCUGAUGCGGGCCUGCACCGCAGUGAGAUUCGAGACGAACAGAAAAGCCAACUCUUUGCCCAGACCUGAGCCUCAGCUUGCCUUGAGCGGCUCCUUCAAUUCUCGGGCUAUGCUGUGGGAGAUGCAUGCUCAGUACCUUGACACCGCGCGAUCUGCCGACGUCUACACGCACUGGUUUUGUCACAUUUUGCUCGAAGACCGUUUGGCCUUCCAGGCCAUCGUGCGGGGUGCCGAGAAGAACUGCGAACAUGCAUCCGAGCAGCCCCCCAGCUGCCCAUGCUCGCGUCUCGACAACGUCAAGUAUGCGGGCACCAGUCUCAGUGAGAAGAUGACCGGCACAGUGGACAAAAACCUUCAAGUUCGGAUGUGCUUUGUGGAAGGCGAUGCGUCACAUACGACAGUGAGAACUUCGGUGAAGCAGCAGACCAUCAAACCGGUCUGGAAGCAAAGAUGUGUCUUUGACAUGCCGCCUCAGUCGCGGCCUAUGCCGCAAAGGGACACGAAUUGGGAAGAGGGUCUCAUGCGCUGGCUCGUUUUGCACACGCGUCAUAGCUUCGAAGAUGCGGGGUUCUUGGACAACUGGCACUAUGUGGUAAUGAAGAGCUCUCUGGGAAAGACCAUGGACCGCCUCAAGGCUUCCGUAGUGGACUCGUGUCGGAUGCCGGGUCUGACUCUGACCCUGCAAAGCAGCCUGUUGGGGCUCAGAUCAGUCCUGUCCCAAUCGGUCACGACCCGGAGUGUGAAUGCCAUUUUUGCCAACAUGUUUAACAUCUGUCAUCCGGAAAGAGAAUACAGCGGCCCGAAGCCAGCCAUGCGUCAUCGUGCUUUGCUGGUGCUGGUCCUCUGGGCGUGUCUUGAUCGAACGACAAAUCAGCAGCGCGGGGGCAGGAGCUUGAACGACAGGGCGAGGUAUUGGUGGUCCAGCAGCGACAGCGAUGGCCUGGGCUCCGGCAAAGGACACUUCCAAUCGGUCCGCUAUGCCCCUUCCGCUCAGAAUUCUGGUCUGCGGCAAAGGCGCCUCAGCGAGCUCAUGUCCAAAUUGCAGCAAGGAGCCCCUCUGACUGACGAGGAACAAGCAGAGAUGUGUCGCGACAUGCGGGAGACCAACGACAUGUGGCUGGCCACGAACUUCCGAUUGAGACGAGCCGACGACUUUCAAGCCCUCGAAACCUUUGCCCUCACGGAGGUCCGGAUGAGGAAAGGCGGCUUGAGCAUGGACGCAGUCGAGGCGCUCAUGAAGUGGCAGCCGGAACAAAUGGCCGCAAUGCUCGAGGGCCGACCGCCUCCGCCCCUCCCAGCGGGACUGAGCCCAGCAGCCAUACAGCAGAUGAGCCAAUCGUUGCCAUCUGUAAUGUCUGCUACAUCCUCGGAUGCAGGGCCAACCUCACCGCCCUUUACAGCCAAUGCAAGAGCAUUGGAAAGCACCGUUGUGCAAGACGAGCUCGAAGCAUUGACCAGAGACCACGAAGGUCUCAUCCGAUUCGGUGGCAAAUAUCGCGAUUUUGACCCUUUGGGGAAGCAGGCCUACCUGGAUCAGGUGGCUCUGAUUCAGGACCGAUGGCGAGUCUUCAUCGGCAGGUUCCAGCUCAUGGGCGAGCUCAACCCGGACUACGUGGCGGAGUGCGAGCGCUAUUUGCAAAGUGUCGGCAUGACGAUCGACCAGUUUCACGAGCAUCUCCAAGCGACGCACGACAAGAUGAGGGCGGUCGUCGAGGCAGCCCUCCAGGUCCUGGCGCUCAAUGGGGUGCCCAUCAGAGCAGAAGAGAUCCCAAAUCUUGUGCAGGCAGAUGAAGAAGUCAUGAUCUACGAGGUCAUUGACAGAAUACCUGAAGGCGCAAACAUCACGCACCAUGAGCUCACUUGCAACUUUGUGGCCAAAUUCCAAGGCCUGCGAGAAGGCUUCGAGCACCUUACCCUGGAGCUCAUUGUUGUCGUCACAUCUGCGGCACGAAUGAGGACAACGAUCGAGAACAACGAUCCAGGGCCCAUCCAGGCGUUGCUCGAAGAAGAGAGUGGCACCGCCUUCGGCCAGUCGACCAUCAAGCGGGCCAUUCUGCAGGCUGCCACCGAAGUGGCGAAGACCAUGCGCUGCAAGCGUGCUGAGGCGCCGAAUAUGGCGCAGCGAUUGGAUCGGCUGAAUAGAUCCGCAGAGAUCGCCGAGGAGUCGAACAAGAGGCUGCUCGUUGUCGAGGCGCAGCUGAAUGAUCUACCCGAACAGCGCACUCACAAAGCAAAGCAGGCACUGAUGGGCUUUGUGGGGACGAAUAAGCAAGCUCUGAAAGAAGCAGCGUGGGCUUCCUGGCAUGGUGCCAUGCUGAGGGGCAAGGGCGAGCGGAACCUGCGCGAGCGCUACACGCUCGAAGUGGAGGAAGCAGAGACCGCGCUCGCAGACUUCAAGGCAGCACAUCUGAAUCGCAUCCGUGGGGUCAUGUUCCAAGCUGCGACGAGAGAAGAACUGGACCUCUUAAUGAGUGUCAUAUCCGGAUGGAAUGGCAUCGUCUUGCAGCAAAAGGCAGAGGCUUGGACGGCCGAUCGGGUCCAAGCACUCCAGAUAACCAUUGGCAGGUUGGAUGCAGGGCUUCGAGCAUUCGAGGGCUCCAAAAAUUCCUGCAUCACCCGAUACGUCGGCAUCCUUCCGUGUUUUGCUGACUUGAAAGCGGAAGGUGAUGAUGCGAAUGCUUCUGGACUACCAGGGAGCUUCAACUUCGGCCGCCUUCGCCGCAUGGGCCACAUCCUGAUCUUGGAUUCGCUAAAGACUAACGUGUGGUCGUCGUUGGCAUCUCCGCAAGUUGCAGAAGUGAUCAAGAAAUCAUUCAUCGACGUGACAAUGCAGGUCCAGUUUAGUGAGGCGUACAAAAAGGACAAGGACUUUGAGGACAGUGUGAAGAAGUUUGAGGGUCAGAUGAAGGCAUAUAUGGAGAAAAAGAAGGAAGAUGCCAAGCUGAUGCUCUCCAGGGUUUCCGCCGCUACAGACACCGGCCUCCUGCAGCAAUCCUUCAUGGCAUGGACUGGCUAUGCCUUUGAUGGAAAGAAGCUGCGAGAGUUGGAGGACCAGGUCGAUGGCAAUGAUGAUUCGGUGGUCUACAUCAAGACGGUGCACAGGGAAAUCGGAAGCUCCGUGUCAGGCCUCGCUGGCGACCAGAUAGACCUGAACUCCAUGUACCAGUGUUGGAUGGCCUGGCAAAUUGAGGCCAAAACAAAGCGAAUAGACAAGUACUACAGCGUAAAGAUAGACAGCAAGAGGAAGCAAUUGGCUAGCGUCCAGAUGCUCUUCAAGAGUUUUGCCGAAGAGCUUGAUGCAGGCUUGAAAGACAUUGACAAGGAGGCGGCUGGAGAUUCUUCCGAGCGCCUGCACCAGAAGAGCAAAGCUAGGGGAGUGGGCAAAUCAGAUGCCGUCUAUGCCAUGGCAGGAGCCGUCUCUCUUCCAGACAUACAUGCAAAGAAACACUGA